CCUGCAAACACAUUUUUUUCUUUGUUUCUCCUUAGUAUAUAUAUAUAUACAUACAUAUAUAUACUCUCUGCAUAAUCUUGUUCUGAUUGGUUUCUUCAUUAACAAACCUAGUUACUCUCCUAUUGCAACGACGCAGAUUUAGUUCAACUUUUUCGAUAGCGAUGGCCAGGAAGAUGCUUAUCGACGGUGAGGCUGAAUCGGUUCCAGGUGUAGAACAAGGGACGCAUUUUGACUUUGACUUGUUUAUUAUUGGGACUGGAAGUGGUGGCGUUCGUGCUGCUAGAUUUUUAUCGAAUUACGGAGCUAAGGUGGGGAUUUGUGAGCUUCCGUUUAAUGCCAUUAGCUCAGAAACAAUUGGAGGAGUUGGUGGAACGUGCGUUAUUCGUGGUUGUGUUCCCAAAAAGAUUUUGGUCUAUGGAGCAUCUUUUGGAGGUGAACUCGAGGAUGCCAGGAAUUAUGGGUGGGAAUUGAGUGAGAAAGUUGACUUCAAUUGGAAGAAGCUCUUGCAAAAGAAGACAGAUGAAAUAAACAGAUUAAAUGGAAUUUACAAGAGGUUGUUAUCCAAUGCGGGGGUUAAAUUAUUUGAAGGCGAGGCAAAGAUAGUUGGUCCAAAUGAGGUUGAGGUGACACAAUUGGAUGGCACAAAACUGUCCUAUUCUGCUAAGCACAUAUUGAUUGCAACUGGUAGCAAGGCUCAACGUCCAAAUAUUCCAGGACAGAGAGACGAGAGAGAAAGGCAGUGGCGCUGCGGUUGGAAACGGUUCCGGUGGCGUUUGGGGUUGCCGCCGACGCCAAGACUGGAAGAGGUGGUGGCGCGAUGGUCGAUUUCGAUGGAGGCGGCGGCGCAUCUAAUCAAACUAAUGAAAGUGCACCUUGUGAAGUUGGAAAGUGAAUUCAUACUUAAGGGUAAAGUGAACGACUUUCCUCAAGGAUACCUAGAGUGGUACUUGCAUCGUUUGGAUGAGGAGGAAAAAUGGGAAACAAUUACGAAUGUAUUGACUUUUAUCCUCUAUGAUGUCAUGCUCUUCCCUAAUAUCAGGGAUUUUGUUGACUGUGCUGCUAUGAACGUUUUCGUGGGAUACAAAGUUCGCUCUGAGAAUUCAACCACCGUUGUCCUAGCUGAAGUUUGUGGGACCCUUAGGCAGUGUUAUGAGCUAAAGGGUAGGAAGAUGUUGUUUUCCUUACCUGUGGUGCAUGCAUGA